UUUUAUGUGCUAACAUAAUCCAAUCGUAAGACCAUGUUGAAUUAACAUAAGCACCGAGCAAGACCCUGGUAAUAUUUUAUCGUGUUUCAGUAGUGCAUCGUCAUCGAUCUUUGAGAUCUACAUCAUCAAUUUAUACAGAAUUUUUUUAUUUUUUGUGUGUGGUCAGCAAGAGAGUAGAAAAGUGUGCGUUAUUUCCGCUAGCGGGUACACGUAAUUGGCGUGGUCCAGCACGUUGAUUUGUGUCACUUAUCGUGUCUGGAAGAUGUAUUCUCUACAGUUGGUCGUAUUUUGCGUGACGGUGGUUAGUGUUAUUGGUGACCUACCACCGGGCACGAGGCGCAACACAUAUCUGCCACCCGAGCCAACAAAAGGUGGUUAUACGUACAACAAACCGACGGUAACAUUCCCGAAGCCCACGCCGACGUUUCCUACGCGUCCGUCGCCGACCUUCCCUGGAUCCAGACCAACGCCUACCUAUCCAGGACCUACGAGAACCCCAGGAACACCACCAAGCACAGGAUAUCCCACCAGGCCGAGUCCUAUACCAGGAUUUCCGGAUUAUACCGGUCAACCGAGUGGUCCUAACGGAAAUGCUAUCGGCCCCGGUCACGACCAUCACCAUCAUGAACCUGGCAUGCCUUUUGACUUUAAUUAUGCCGUAAAGGAGGAUGCUUUCGGCAACGAUUAUUCCCAUAAUGCUAUCAGUGAUGGAGAGAUUGUCCAGGGUGAAUACAGGGUGCAACUUCCGGAUGGUAGAACGCAAAUCGUGCGUUAUACCGCGGACUGGCAGCACGGCUUCAGUGCGCAGGUGUCUUAUGACGGAAAUCCGCGCUUCGAUACUUCUCGACCGGGCGCAAAUUUUAAUCGAGGCUAUUAAUUUUAGUAUCGAGUCUAAGAUUGUUCAAUUUCCCCCCGUUAAAUCCAAGAAACUACAGCACAACAACAGAUUAUAUACAACACAUAUAGCAAAGUUUGAAAAUCAUUGUAUCUCACAUGGAUUUAUCGUAAAAAAUAAUAGCUUAGAAAAAGAUGUUCGCUAUUUUUUUAUGGUGAUAUAAUAGCAUAUAGAAUGUCUCGGAAUAGACAAAAAGUUCACACAUAGCAUUAUUUCUUGCGAAAUUUAUCAAUUUUUUCCCCCCAACGAAAAUGUCACAAUCAAUUUUUCAUAACGUUCCAAAGUUCAACAUUUGAUACAUAAAUAAUUCAGAUUAUAAUUCCGCCAAGAUUUAUUUCUGAUAUUGUAAACAAGAAAGAAUAAUUCGAAUAUUUAUUUAUGUCUUUUUAAAACUUUAGCAAACAGCUUUCAUUUAUAAACUUCCUUAUUUACUUACAAAUAGCUUAUAGCUUAUAAAAACUAUCUUUCUGUUUUAAAAGCAAAUAAAAAUUUACUUUUAUGAAGUUUGCAAGAAAUGUAUUAUGUAUUCAUCUUUCGUCAAUUUUGAGAUAAAGUGUACAUUAGCGCGAUUCAACCCUUUUCCCUUCCUUUUGUUUAUAGACUCUUAAAGAAAUGAAAAGAAAAGUGUAACUAUCUGAUUUAUUUAGUUUUCUGUCUAUUCGUCACUAUUAUUAUUUUAACCCGCGUGAUAUUCGGUUAGUCUAAACAAUUCCGCUGUUGCGCAUCGUGCCGGUAAGUCAAUCCAAUUCAUUAAGAGAAUAGAUUUAUAAAAAUAAUAUAAAAUAUACAAGAUAUCUCACAGACUAACCGUAUCACCUGUUAAUAGCAGAUUUCUAAGGUUUCUCAUAUGAUAAAAAUAUAAAAAUCAAUAUGCAGCGUACGCAUAUGAUUUUUGACAAUUUUUGACCAGCAAAAUAUAUCUAUCAUAUUGGCUUUGUAAAACUACUAGAUGUACAUACAUAAAAAUAUUUCUAUAAGCAACCUUAG